AUGUCUCAUCCAAUCCUAUCAGAAUUCGAUAUCGUUUUUGCUGGAGGUGGCACUACAGCUUGUGUUGUAGCAGGUCGCUUAGCUGCAUAUGAUCCCUCGCUCAGGAUCUUGAUUCUGGAAGCGGGUCAACACACCCUCAACAAACCUAUUCAUGUCCAACCCUCUCAAGCUCGCUUCAACCAAGAACCGACGAGCACCACGGUUACAUUCAACAUAGGAAAUCCAUCUCCUCGUCUCAACGGCCGUGCGCCGGCCGUUCCUUCCGGUCGUUGCGUUGGUGGAGGCUCAUGUGUGAAUUCUAUGGUAUACACUCGCGCGCCUGCUUCGGAUUAUGAUGAUUGGGGAGUCGAUGGUUGGGAAUCUGAAAAUUUGAUUCCUCUCAUGAAGAAGCUGGAGAAAUACGAGGUGCAGCCCGAUUGUCCAACUCACGGCUAUGAUGGACCUAUCAAAGUGUCAUCUGGUGGGUGUAAAACGGGUAUCUUCAACGAAUUCAUCCAGGUUGGCACGACUUAUCACAAGAGGCACUAUGCCGACGAUACCGACGAUUUGGAAACAUGCAACACAUACAGUCCGUCUCAGAAAUACAUCGACGGGACAACCGGAAGGCGUUCUGACGCAGCUCACCACUAUGUCUACAACCAAGCUCACAACCCAAAUUUACACGUCUGGGAUGGAAAGCGCGUGAAGCGUAUCAUCUUCGAGGACAAACGUGCUGUGGGUGUCGAGUUCACCAGCGACCCAGUGUCUUGCCCAGAUGCGGACCAAUCAUCGAGUAUUGUCAGAGCAUCAAAACUUGUUGUUAUCUCUGCUGGGGCGUUCGGUUCCCCGACCAUUCUGGAGAGGUCUGGUAUCGGUGCUGAGGCGAUCCUCAAACGGUGCGGCAUCGAGCAGCUAGUGAAUUUACCUGGCGUCGGAGAAAAUUAUCAAGAUCACUAUCUCGUCCUUGUUCCAUACCUAGCUGCCGACGAGAUCAUUACCACUGACGCCCCCUCUCGUGGGGAAAGUAUUCUACAAGAAAACCUUGCACAACGGAAAGGUAGCAGCAAGUCACUGAUGGCACAAAAUGGCAUCAAUUCGAAAAUCAAGUGGCGUCCUGAUGACGAAGAACUGAAAGCCAUGGAUCCAGCUUUUCAACUACGCUGGAAAGAGUUCUUCCAGGACAAGCCAGACAAGGCUGUUGCAAUAUUUGCUCCUUUUGCGCGAUAUCUUGCACCUCUCUCGAGGCCGCUCUCGAGCAUCCUUCCUUCUCGGAGCUACAUGACUGCCUGUUGUUAUACACUUUACUCCGUGUCUGUUGGAAGCGUUCAUAUCAACGUGACAGAGGACGGCAAAGAACGAAUGGAUUUUACUACAGGCUUCCUAGAUGACCCAUCCGAUAUGGUUCCUCUCAACUUCGGGUAUAAAAAGACUCGCGAAAUUUUUCGACGCAUGGCUUCCUACCGAGGUGAAGUCACUGCCGGCCAUCCCGAUUUUCCAGAACGAAGCGCUGCAGCUUGCAGAGAAGUCUCCGGGCCAGUGGACUUGUAUGCGCCUGACAUCGCCUACACUGCCGAAGAUGACGAGGCGAUCGAUCGAUUCCUCCGCGACAUCGUGCAAACGGCAUGCCACUCGCUUGGGACUUGUGCCAUGAAACCGGAGGCAGAUCAUGGAGUUGUCGACGCUCGGCUUAAUGUAUACGGGGUGUCGAACUUGAAGGUUGCAGAUCUGUCCAUUUCACCUUUGAAUGUUGGCACGAACACUUAUUCGACGGCACUUCUCAUCGGAGAGCGGGCUGCGAUGAUCAUUGCCGAAGACUUGGGCAUCGAUUGCAUUUGA